AUGUCUCCUUUAAAGAGUGUACGUGCUAACAGAAAGUUUUCCCAGGAAGAGGACAAUAAGCUCCGCUCUGUUGUAUCAAAGCUUGGUACCCACAGCUGGAAGUCAGUCGCCUCUUUCAUGCCUGGUCGCAAUGUCCGCCAGUGUAGAGAAAGAUGGAACAAGUUCCUUUCACCAAAUGUCAACCUUAACCCAUUCACACAUGAAGAGGACAUCAAAUUGAUUGACUUGUACAAUGAGCUUGGACCACAAUGGGUCAGAAUUGGCAAAUGCCUUGGUAACAGAUCAGAUAUAGCAAUCAAAGCUAGAUUCAUGCUCCUCGAGCGCCACAGAAAGAAACGUGAGAUGAGCGAUGAAUACACAUCUUCCUCAUCUGAAGAUGAUGUUAGAGAGCAAAGAGCACCAGAGGAUUCAAUCCAUAAGGCUUUAGCUCCAAACAGAUAUACUAAUGCGGAUAUUACCCCUAGAGAGUUGAAUAACGAGAUUGACAGCUUAUUCAACAACGAAUUUAAUGACUUCUUUGAUAUUACUGAUGUUUUCGGUAACUUUCAGUUCUAA